AUGUCAAUCACCCAAGAAAAUCUCAAAGCCCUACUCGACGGGCAGCUCCGCGAGACAGGAAGACCAUACACCUAUCAAGAAGCAUACCUGCGUCCAGCGACGGUGCAAUGCCACGCAUCCAACCUCCUCCUGCUGCCCAGUGGCGACCUCCUCUGCGCCUGGUUCGGCGGUAACAUGGAGGGCAAGCCCGACAUCAGCAUCUAUCUGGCCCGACUACAAUCCGGAAGCACAACCUGGAGCGACGCCGUAAAGGUGACGCACGACAACACGCGCAGUGAACAGAACCCUGUCCUAUUCAAGCACCCUUCCGGCGAACUCUGGCUCCUCUACACGUCGCAAGACGGCGGAAAUCAGGACUCCGCGGUGGUGAAGCGGAAUAUCUCCACGGACGAUGGCAGAACUUGGAGUGAGCCUUCAAUCCUCUUCAAUGAGCCAGGCACAUUCAUCCGACAACCGGUGAUAACCCUGGACAACGGCACGUUCGUGAUUCCAACAUUCAAAUGCCGCGUUGAACCAGGCGCAAAGUGGAUCGGCAACGACGAUAUCUCGUCCAUCCGCACAUCCAACGAUCACGGCCAGACAUGGCGCGAGAUUCCCGUCCCCGAGAGCACAGGCUGCGUGCACAUGGAGAUCCAGCGGCUGAAGAGCGGGUCGUACCUGGCGCUCUAUCGCAGCCGUUGGGCGGACUUCAUCUACUCUUCCACUUCAUUGGAUGGUUUAUCAUGGAGUGCGCCAGAGCCGACAUCGCUGCUGAAUCCCAAUGCCGGGAUCUGCUUUGAUGUUCUGCCCGCCGGUCGGGUGGUUGUUGUGUAUAACCACUCCUCGCGGAGGAAUGCACUUGGUCGGCGGGAGGGUCUGUACGACGAGAUUACGGACGGUGAGGAUAGUCGGCCGAAUCAGAAGGCGAGAAGCGAUGGGAAGGAGGCAUUCUGGGGGGCACCGAGGGCGCCUCUUUCGGUCGCGUGGAGUGAUGAUGAGGGGAGGACGUGGGAGCAUCGAGUCCUUGAAGAUGGGGAUGGGUAUUGCCUGACGAACAAUAGUGAGAAGAAGCUGAAUCGGGAAUUAUCGUAUCCCAGUAUGGUUGUUGGAGAGGAUGGGACGAUUCAUGUUGCGUUUACGUUCUGGCGCCAGACGAUCAAGUACGUGCGCAUUGGGGAGGACUUCUUUAGGAAAUAG